AUGUGGGAGACGCUUUUCUUUAUUUGCCAGAGCACGGAGAGGGGUCAGACCCCUCCUGCAAGGCCAGGGGCUGUGGCCACUGGGAGUUUGUCCCCAAGGACCCCUCCUCCCCCAGAGGGCACGCCAGUCUUGAAGGUGCCCAAGCCUGGGACGGACGUGCCCCACCCGUGGGGCCUGGAGCUGCAGGCCUCCCUGUCUCCACACUUCAAUCUGCAGGGGUUGUGUGGCCUGGUACCUGAAGGCACACUGCCCGGGGCGCCCUGGGGAGGCGCGGUGGCGCUGGCAGCGGAGGUGCCGGAGCGCACUGUGGCGCAGUGGCUGGUGGAGGCCUGCACGCAGCCGCCGGAGGAGUUUGUGUGGGCGGUGGCCCUGGUGCUGCUGCAGCUGAGCGCGGCCCUGGAGUUCCUGGAGGCGUGGGGCGCGGCCCUGGUCGAGUUGCGGCCAGAGAACUUGUUGCUGGCGGCACCUCGGGGCUGUGCGGGGACGGGGCACCCGCGUCUACUCCUCGCUGACUUUGGCCGCGUCUGCCUGCAGCCUCCCGGACCCCCGGGCUCCCCGGGCCCCCACGCGCCGCAGCUCGGCAGCCUCCUCCGCCAGCUGCUCAGCCUUGCUGCGCCCUCGACCACACCUUUGGCCGCGGGCCUGGAGCGCCUGGCAGCACAGUUGACCCGCUUGCAGCCCUCAGCGUCCCGGACGCGGGGCGCGCUGCAGGCGCUGCUCUGGGGGCCCGGGCCUGAGGUGCGCGGCCUCGGAGCACCGCUCGGGCCCUGGCUCAGGGCGCUCGGGCCCUGGCUGCGGUUGCGCCGUGGGCUGCUGGUCCUGCGCCUGGCAGAGCGGGCCGCAGGUGGGGAAGCGCUCAGCCUCGAGGACUGGCUGUGUUGUGAAUACCUGGCCGAGGCCACCGAGUCCUCUAUGGGCCAGGCCCUGGCGCUGCUGUGGGACUGAACCCAACCCAGGGCGAACACACCUGGUCCAGGCCUGCCCAAGAGGCAGGGAUGGGGCUGAGGUCAGCGUCUCUAUGACAGCCAGGACAACCUCUUCCUGCAGAGUCCAGGGACGCAGCAGAAAGAGCAGUGCCCCGCCUCCAGAGUCUCCCCUCUCCUGCUGGCGAUGUGGGUCAAGGGCUUCCCAGGAGUGCGCCUACCCCUCCAGGGCUGGGGGCUGGCCAGCGCCUCCUGGGUGGGCAGCAGCUCUCUGAAGCCGGCGCCCCCAGGCCACUUCCAGGUGUGGACACCCCCGCUGAUCAGUGUCUCUCUGUAUUCCGCCUUCCCCAGCAGCCAGGGCGCUUUUCCGCGGUGGGUCCUGUCAUUGUCUCCGUGAGAGGCCAAUGCUGGGACCAGAGGCAUUCCUGGCCCUGGAGCACCCCCUUGUGCUGAAGACGGCCAGCGAUUCUGGGCAUGUCCCUAGUGGAGAAUUGCUUGGUGGUGACACAGGAAGGGAAGGCUCCCUGGGACCUUAGACACCCAGCUCAUCUCAGAGGCAUGUGGACUCACCAUCCCUAAAACAGUCCCCGCGGUUCCCUGCCACCUCCCCACAAUCCCCCUGCGCCCACCCUGCCUCCCUCCCUGUUCCUCCAUGACACACUAACUUCUUUCCCACCCCCAAGCAUCUGUGCAGGCUGUUCCCUCUGCCAUACUGUUCCAGUUCCACUUUAAACAAAUAAAGGUGCCCCCUCUGGGCCCUCCCUAGCUCCUUACCCUUCGUUCUCCGCCCACUCCCAGGAGCAUUUAUUCCUCUGUUACUGUCCCCAAGGCUGUGAGUUCCCUGGGGGCAAAGGCCAGGCUUGGCACACGGUAGGUGCUCACUUAAUACCGCAGGAUGAUGGAAUAAACGGGCACAGAGGAGACUCACUGGAGGGGAAUGCAGUCUUUAUGCCUCUGACACACUGCACUGCACUUGCCUGUGGCCUCCUUCCUGGAGACUCAGAGUUGCCCUUCCAUUCCAUUCCCCAUGGCACUCCUGGGAGGAUCUUUCCAACCGCAGAUAUGAGGUCCCUCUCCAGCUCAAACACCUCCCAUGGCUCCCCAGUGCCUCAGAAUACAUACAGGUCUCUUCUAAAGUCUCCUCAGUCUCCAACCCCAUGUCAUUUAUCUCUGGAGAUACUUUCCGGCCUCCACACCUUUGCCCAAGUUGUUUUUUUACGCCGGAAACAGCCCCCUCUAAUCUGGUUCAGACUCCUAUUCAUCCUGCAACGCCUCAGCUUUAAUGCCCCUUCUCUGCAUUUGCACCGCCCAAAUGAGCUGGGAGUGUCUGUGUUCACAUCUAUCCUCCCAGCCGACCCCACCAUGCUCAAACGGCUAAAUAUACCCUGCCCCCGCUCGCCAAGGCUACAAUCUCUUCGAGCGCCUUUCUUCCUCUUUCCAACCGGUUUCCCGGCCAGGCCUGGCCCUGACUUUCCGGGUGAUGCUCCCAGAUGCGGCCGGCAGGUGGCGCAGCGCCGCGCCGCGCAAACGGCGGGGGUCGCAGACCCGGAAGCGCUCCAGACCUUGACCCCACCGGAAGUGCUCCUGCCCUGAACGGCGCUGCAGGUCCACAGGGGCGGCCAGUAACACGGUGACCCAAAGGAGUUGGGAACACAGACAUCCCCAUGCGCAGGCCCAGGCUGGGGCGGAAGGGGACGCGAUGCAGGAAGGGGCUCCAAGUGAACAUUGGCAAGGCUGAUGCCAAGCUGAGGGCCCAGGCCUCCCAGCCCAGGGGGUCUCCUCCGUGGGAGGGGUCCCGCAGCUGCCCUGGUGACAAGUCCCCUGCGACCCCUCCACCCAGCGCCCUCUGUGGUCCCAGGCACUCCACCCACCAGCCCCCGGCGUCAGCACCACGGAGCCAUGUGCAUCGGGUGUUAUCACUUUAUUGGUUUUUGGAGAGCAAUAGAGGGAUUAAUACCUAAUCUUUCCAAGUUAAAAGACUAAGACUGUUUCCAAAAGACUCCAAAUAAGAAACUUCUCCUCAAAGUACAAGGAUAAUCUGAAUCAUCUUAAACCAGCAAUAAAAAAGUAAAA